AUGUUACAUUAUGAGCAAUGUCAAGAUAACAACAAACAAUUAUUUGUUGUCGGAGAAGGGGUUAAUGCGAAAACUGGUGGUGAGCCAUAUCUAGCUGGUGUAAUUACAAAAAUUGAAGGCGAAGAUAUAUACGUGAAAUUCCCUUAUGGUAGAUACCACAACUACGAAUACAAAUACGACAAAAGUCAAUUACUACCAUUUACCUCACAAUUCAUCAACGGAAAAUUGAAUAUCAUUAAAAAAGGCACAAAACCAAUGCCAACUCAGCGGAAAGCUAUUCUGGAAUAUGAAACAAGACUCCUCCGAUAUUUAAAUCAAUAA